AUUAAAAACAAAUCAAACACACAAAAAAAAAAAUGCUGAAAUAGUAAAAAAAACAUUAUAUUUAUAAGUGAAAAAGGGAAUCUUUAGUGCAAUUAUGUUUCUGCCCGAAACAGCCAUCUUCUGCAUCACCCUGCUGGUCUAUGGGGCCAUACUUUUACUGUUAAUUUAUUAUGUUCUGACAUUGGCUGACCUGGAGUGCGACUAUUUGAACGCCCAGGAGUGUUGUCGGCGACUCAACUUUUGGGUAAUACCAAAAUUCGGCUCCCACGCCCUGCUGUGCGGCCUCCUCCUGCUGGGCGGCCACUGGAUAAUGUUUUUGCUCAAUCUGCCCAUGGUUCUGUGGCUAUUCUAUGAGCUGCAUCGCCAGCGAAGGGACAGCUUAGGCGUCUACGAUCCCGUGGAUAUACACAGUCGUGGAUUGUUAAAGGUACACCUAAGGAACUGCAUGAUCUAUUUGGGCUACUAUUUUGUCAUGUUCUUUGUCGGGUUGUAUUGUCUAAUUUCAUCGCUUAUCAAGGGAGAUCCCAUCAAGCGGUACGAGGAUGAUGAAAUUAUCACAGAUUUCUGAAUUUAUUAGCUAAAUACUGAGAGACUGGACUCGAGGGGCUUCCAGAUUAAAGCACAUUUAAGUUAUCUUCGGCAUGGCAUCCUACCAGCUGCAAAACCCAACCUAGUCGCACUUCAUCAUCACUUUUAUUUAUUCCAUCUUUAGUAAUAUAAGCGUAUUCGAUAAGACAUCACAAAAUACAAUAGCUAUACAAAUUCAACAACGCAA